AUGGUCGACCGCGGCCUUCGGUUGCUUUCCCUUGAUGGAGGCGGGGUCCACGGCUUGUCUAGCCUCUUGAUUCUUCAGCGGCUUAUGAUGGAGGCUGCCGAAGACCACAAUAAGCCGCCUAAACCUUGCGACUACUUUGACAUGAUUGGCGGUACCAGUACAGGCGGUCUCAUUGCGAUCAUGCUAGGUCGUUUGCGCAUGACCAUCGAAGAUUGCAUCAGUGCUUACUGCAUGCUUGCUGACAAGGUCUUCGAGAAAAAGAGCCAUCGAGUUACCCUCAAUGGCAAGGUCCAGGGCAGAUUCAGCGCUGCCCAGCUUGAAAAAGUUGUCAAGAAGGUGAUCGUCGAGCAAAAUUUGAACCAAGACGAAUUGUUCAAAGACCCGGCCGAUUCUUGCAAGGUCUUUGUUUGUGCAACAAGCAAAGACGUUCACCAAUCCAUUGUCUGCUUCACGACUUAUCCAUCUCGUCGCCUUGUCCCACAUCUCUAUAACUCGACUACCAUCUGGCAAGCCUGCCGCGCCACCUCUGCUGCUACGUCCUUCUUCGAUCCCAUUGCCAUUGGCCCCAUCGGUAAAGAGUUUGUCGAUGGCGCUCUUGGAUUGAACAAUCCUGUCUCUAUGCUCUGGACACAGGCUCAAGACUUAUGGGGUGAUCAGCUUGAGAAGAGAUUGGCGUGUCUGGUAUCUAUAGGCACAGGAGUUCCUCCAUUAACGCCAGUGGGUAACGAUUCUGUCGGUAUUUAUCGAACCCUCAAGGCGAUCGCAACAGAGACCGGACAAACAGCCAAUGACUUCCAGAACAACCAUAGGACUCUCGAUACAGAGGGGCACUAUUACCGCUUCAAUGCUCAUGGGAUGGAAUCUAUUAGGCUUGAGGAGUCUAGGAAGAAGAAAGAAGUUUCUGCAGUGACAAAUCAUUACCUCAGUUCACCUGAGACUCUUGAGCGGUUGCAGAAUUGCGCAAAGAAUCUAUCACGA